CCGUGCAGUCUGUCGCUGUGAGUUUCAGAGAAGCUCUGAGCUCUGCAGUUGCUGCGUCUCUCUUUGCUACUGGGGUCGGGUGAUUUACUGUGUGUGACGCUCUGCUGCUGGCCACUUGCAAAUAUGCUGCGUGCUGCCAACCAGUUCUUCAGGAAAUUCUCUACUGCAACAGUUUACUAUCAGAAUAAACUAAGACUAGCACUUAUUGGACAAAGUGUCUUUGGUCAAGAGGUGUAUAGUAAUCUACGAAAGGAAGGACACAAAGUGGUGGGAGUAUUCACAGUCCCAGACAAGGAUGGGAAAGCAGAUCCUCUUGCGGUGGCUGCAGAGAAGGAUGGUACACCAGUGUUUAAGUUCCCCAGAUGGAGAGUAAAAGGAAAGUCUAUUCCGGAGGUAGUAGAUACAUACAAGUCUGUUGGCGCUGAGCUCAAUGUUCUCCCAUUUUGCUCACAGUUUAUUCCUAUGGAUGUUAUAGAUAAUCCAAAACAUGGUUCGAUCAUCUAUCACCCUUCUAUCCUUCCCCGUCACAGAGGAGCCUCUGCUAUCAAUUGGACUUUAAUCCAUGGAGAUAAGAAGGCUGGCUUUUCUGUCUUCUGGGCUGAUGAGGGCCUGGAUACCGGACCAGUUCUGCUCCAGAGAGUGUGUGAUGUAGAGCCUAAUGAUACUGUAGAUACUCUUUACAACCGUUUCCUCUUUCCUGAAGGUAUCCGGUCCAUGGUGGAAGCUGUACAGUUGAUUGCUGAUGGUAAAGCACCUCGUAUAGACCAGCCAGAGGAUGGAGCUACUUAUGAAGGAAUCCAGAAGAAAGAGAACGCUAAGAUAUGCUGGGACAACUCUGCUAAGGCAAUCCAUAACUGGAUUCGAGGUCAUGAUAAAGUGCCUGGAGCUUGGACAUUUAUAAAUGAACAGAUGGUGACAUUGUAUGGAUCAUCCUUGCUGGAGGGUGCUGUCCCUGCAGGGGAGCCAUUACAUAUUGAUGGAGCGUCAAAGUCAGGACUUGUCACAAAAAAUGGACUAGUUCUUUUUGGUAAAGAUGGGAAAAUGUUAAUAGUAAAAAAUCUUCAAUUUGAAGAUGGAAAAAUGAUCCCUGCGUCAAAUUACUUUUCAGCGGGUGAUGUUACAACCUUGGAGCUAACAGAGGAGGAAAGGAGCAUGGAAUCUCAGAUCAGGGAUAUGUGGAAGGGGAUUCUAAGCAAUGUUGCUGUGAUUGAAGAUACUACCGAUUUUUUUAAAUCUGGAGCAGCGUCUAUGGAUGUUGUGAGGUUGGUUGAGGAGAUCAAACAGAAAUGUGGUGGAUUGGAGUUACAGAAUGAAGAUGUGUACAUGGCUACAACUUUUCAAGACUUUAUACAGAUGUUUGUGAGGAAAUUUAGAGGAGAAGAUAAAGAAGAAUUGGUUGUAGAUUAUGCUUCAUUAAAUGUGAACAAUAUGACUGUGAAUAUGCCGUACCAGUGCUUCAUUAAUGGGCAGUUUUUGGACUCAGACAGUGGAAAAACUUACGACACCAUUAAUCCAACAGAUGGAUCAGUAAUAUGCAAAGUCUCCUAUUGCUCUGUAGCAGAUGUAGAUAAAGCUGUGGCAUCAGCUAAAGAUGCCUUUGAAAAUGGGGAGUGGGGAAAAAUGAACGCACGGGAUAGAGGGAGAAUGCUGUACAGACUUUCAGAUCUCAUGGAACAACAUCAAGAAGAGCUGGCUACUAUUGAAGCAAUAGACUCAGGAGCAGUGUACACAUUGGCUUUGAAGACCCAUGUGGGGAUGUCUGUGCAGACCUUCAGGUACUUCGCCGGAUGGUGCGACAAAAUUCAGGGUUCUACAAUUCCAAUAAAUCAAGCUCGUCCCAAUCGCAACUUAACAUUCACUAAGAAGGAGCCACUUGGUGUUUGUGCAAUUAUUAUCCCGUGGAACUACCCAUUGAUGAUGCUGGCAUGGAAGAGUGCAGCAUGCCUGGCUGCAGGGAAUACACUUGUCCUGAAACCUGCACAGGUUACUCCGCUGACAGCUUUAAAAUUUGCAGAACUUGCUGCCAAGGCAGGUAUACCCAAAGGUGUUAUCAAUAUCCUGCCUGGAUCAGGCGGUCUGGUUGGGCAGCGUUUGUCUGAACAUCCAGAUAUACGUAAGCUUGGUUUUACCGGUUCUACGCCAAUUGGAAAGCAAAUCAUGAAGAGCUGUGCUCUCAGCAAUUUAAAAAAGGUUUCACUAGAACUCGGUGGAAAAUCUCCUUUAAUCAUCUUCAAUGACUGUGAUCUUGACAAGGCUGUAAGAAUGGGUAUGGGAGCAGUGUUUUUUAACAAAGGUGAAAACUGCAUUGCGGCUGGUAGACUAUUUGUUGAAGAAUCUAUACAUGAUGAAUAUGUUAAAAAUGUGGUGAAAGAAAUUAAAAAGAUGAAAAUUGGUGAUCCUCUGGACAGGACCACAGACCAUGGCCCACAAAACCACAAGGCACAUCUAGACAAACUGCUGGAAUACUGUGAGACUGGCGUGAAGGAAGGAGCAAUGCUGGUGUAUGGGGCCAGACAAGUGCCUCGGCCAGGAUUCUUCAUGGAACCAACUGUAUUCACAAAUGUAGAAGACCAUAUGUACAUUGCACAGGAAGAAUCCUUUGGGCCAAUAAUGGUCAUCUCCAAGUUCAAAGAUGGCGAUGUUGAUGGAGUUCUAGCACGAGCCAAUUGCACAGACUUUGGGCUAGCUUCUGGAGUUUUUACAAGAGACAUAAGUAAGGCCAUGUAUGUGAGCGAGAAGCUGGAUGCUGGAACGGUUUUUAUCAACACAUACAACAAAACCGAUGUUGCAGCACCAUUCGGAGGAUUCAAACAGUCUGGAUUUGGCAAAGACUUGGGUGAAGAAGCCCUCCAUGAAUACCUCAGGACAAAGGCGGUUACAGUGGAAUACUAAAAGGAAGCAAAAAACAAAACACGGCUGCUUUUGAGUAAUUAUGAUAAUUAAUAAGUGGAUGUACUAUAGAUGCCAUGUGCCUAUACUACAAGUUACUUCAUGAGAAACCUUUAAUAUGCAAUUUAAGUAAUGGCAGGGGUCUUUUCUGAACUGCUUAUAUCAGAAAAUGCAAUAACUGCAGAACUGACAGAAGGGCUUUUCUUUUAUAAAUAAUUAAUGCUACAUAUACAAUAGUAAGAGACAGACACGGGUUACUGAAUAAGACAAUGCAAAUAGCACAUUUAUGCCAUAUCCAUUAACCACCAAGUGUCUGGUGAAAGCUAGAGUAAUAAAGAUGGAAGGGGGACAUAGCAUAUGCACACUAUUUACAUUUUGUAUAAACAUCUUUAUAAUGUUUUCUAAGUCUUGGAAAUCAUCAUAAGUUUUUGCUUUUUGUUUCAUUUUAGCACAUUUAGGUCUAGUAGCUCUUCAGUUCUCAUGAUAAAGACUUUGCAGACUUGCUGUGGAAAAUUCAUAGCACAUUGAUGGAUAAAAGUAAAAACAAAACAUUUUCCCAAUGUCCUUUGUUCUGGAAAGUGCAUGUUAGGUCAGGCUUGAUAGCCACAUACAAGUCAUUCAGUACCUCCGAACAUUAACCCAGGUAAAAUAGAGACACAAUAAGACCAGCCCUGAAAUCUGUGUAGGGCAUGCCUCCUUUCAGACUAAUCACACCUACUUUCACCCAUGGUUCCUGCCCUAUUCGGAGUCUAUAUCCGUACACUAAAUCGAGAGGUAUGAAAACUGUAUACAGUAAUCUCUAGCAUCAAUCCAUUUAUCACAUACAUUAUCAAGAAUAGAAAAUGUAAUUUUUAAUGCUGAGCACAAAUGUCAAUCAUUUCUCUGACACAUUGAACAUUUCUAUAGACACAAUACAUUUUUUUAUUUUAUGCUAAAGGUUAUCUGGCAAAUCUGAGGAUUAUGUUACUGCUACAAGUUUAGCCAUUUUACUGUUUAGCCCUAUAGAGAAACUAUGUGUGUGUGGAAAAAUAAAAAUACAAUAUUAUUCUGAAAA